CUCAUUGUAUUGACGUUUGACUGUGACAGUUGUCAAAUUUACUUCAACAUCUGAAAUGUGAAUACGCGUGUUUUUAAAUUAAGACGAAGAAAAUUUAACACAAUUUUCGCACGUUUACUAAAAUUUAUUAAUAAUAUUGUUUCAUCUGAUCCUUCAUGCUUGUAUAUCCAACGUGACAUUGAAGGAAUCAACGUGUACAACUGAAGGCCUCUAAAACUUAAAUUAACAAUCACAAUAUGACGAAAGACAGUAUAAAACCACAAAAUAACUCGAAUAGAAAGAAGCACCGGCUUUUUAAACCCAAGAAGAAAAGGAGCGCGGAAGAAGAUGCUGCCAUCCAAUAUCUGCAAGCGCAAUAUAACAGCAUCCUUCCAGAUCAAAUCAAGACAUUCAAAGAUUUUCCAUUAUCUCAAAAGACCUUAAAAGGUCUAAAAGAAAAUAAUUUUAUCACUCCAACAGACAUACAGAGGCAAGCCAUAGGUUAUGCUUUACAGGGAAAAGAUAUAUUGGGAGCUGCUAAGACAGGCUCGGGGAAAACAUUAGCCUUUUUGAUACCAAUGUUAGAGCUAUUAUUUUGCAAAAAAUGGACAAGAUUGGAUGGUGUUGGUGCAAUUGUCAUAUCGCCGACUAGGGAACUGGCCUACCAGAUUUAUGAAACUCUCAGAAAGGUUGGCCACCUGCAUGACUUUUCUGCUGGUUUAAUAAUCGGAGGCCAAAACCUUAAAUUUGAAAGAAAGAGAAUGGAUCAAAUGAACAUUCUCAUAUGUACCCCUGGACGACUUUUGCAACACAUGGACGAAAAUCCCUUGUUUGAUUGCUCUCACCUUCAGAUUCUAGUGUUGGAUGAGGCAGACCGAUGUCUGGACAUGGGCUUUGAGGCUACAAUGAAUGCAAUUGUUGAAAACUUGCCUCCAAAGAGACAAACACUUUUAUUUUCAGCUACUCAAACCAAAUCAGUUAAAGAUUUAGCACGAUUAAGUUUAUCUUUUCCUACAUAUGUCGCCCCUCAUGAGCAAGCUGCUACGGUCACCCCUGAGUUUCUUCAACAGAACUACAUUAUUUGCAAAAUUGAUGAGAAAUUUAGCAUCUUGUGGUCUUUUAUAAAAAAUCAUCUAAAGCAAAAAGUGUUAGUAUUCAUGUCAACUUGUAAGCAAGUAAAGUAUACAUAUGAAAUAUUUUGUAAAUUGAGACCUGGCGUCAGUCUGCUGGCUCUGUAUGGAACGUUACAUCAAGAGAAAAGAGAAAGAAUCUAUCAGGAGUUUUGCAGAAAAUCAAACGUUGUACUUUUUGCUACAGAUCUAGCUUCCCGAGGGUUAGACUUUCCAAGGGUUAACUGGGUUAUACAAUAUGAUUGUCCAGAAGAUGUAGAAACUUACAUACACAGAGCGGGUCGCACAGCCAGGGGAGUUAUGGGCAAAGGGGACGGACUGCUGAUGUUGUUACCACAUGAAGAAAAGAUAGUUGAAGAUCUUCAAAAGAGUAAAAUCCCGAUAAAUCAAAUUUUCGUUGAUACAUCCAAAGUUAUGCUACCUUUAAGAAAAAUUGAAAGUCUACUUUCUGAUAACAGCGAACUUAAGAAAACUGCACAAAGAGCAUUUAUGAGCUACAUAAAAUCUAUUUAUUUGAUGAAAAAUAAAGAUAUCUUCAAUGUUCAGCUAUUAGACACGGAUGCUUUUGCUAGAUCUAUAGGUCUUAUAGUUCCACCGGUGGUCAAGUUUAUGUACAAACAGAAUAAAAGUGCAACAGAGGACAAAGUGACAGAGGUCGAAAAUGAUGCUGUUGAAAAAUUAAUAACUAAAAAGGGAAAUGAUGAAAAAUCAGAUGAGAGUGACCUAGACGCUGUCAUUGAACCUGUUUUUAAGGUUACGGAGACCAAAACAAAGAAAGAAGUUCCUCUAUUUGAUUUUCAUAAUGUCAUAGUAGAUAGUGAUGAACAAAAUUUAUUUUUAGUCAAAGAGAAAAAUGUAAGCAUAGACGUUGUUGUACCGCCAGAUGAAGAUGAUCUACCACGAAAAAAAAUUGAUACACCUUCAAAUAAAACCGCUGUUGUCAAGAAAAUACUCGAUCCUAAAGUUAAACUGAAUAACAAAGUAAAGUUUGGAGACGACGGUGAAGUAGUUGCAGAUGAAAAGAAAGAUAUAAAAUCUGACUUAGGCAAACAGUUUAUCGAUGAAAGUGUGUUCACUUUAGAUCUAGAGAAAACGAGAGAACUCUUGGAGGAAGAAGACAAAUUCGAUAAAACAAGAUUUAGGGAGAGAGUGAAGGCCAAACACAAGGAGCAGAAGCGGAAACUCAAGAACAAGAAAAAGGAAGAUGAUGGAGAAAAAGAUGACUUUGGGUCACAGUCCGAGUCAGACGGGCCUGAUCUAUCAUGGCUUCCAGAUCCUGAUAAACUUUAUGGGCCAAAAGAGGAUGAUCAAACUGAUGACACAAAAUCCGACAGUGAAUAUUCUGAAAAUAACAAUUCACCUGAAAGUAAAGUAUCCGAGGAUGAUCAGGAAGUUCACAGACCACAUAAACGAAAACAAAAUGGUGAUAUUCCCCAAAAAAGUAUAAAACCUCGCAAAUUAAGGAAGAUCGAAGAUGUAUCUGCAUCACUCUCUGUAAAUGAAGCUGAAGCUCUAGCCAUGCAAUUGCUUAAGUCCAAAUGAUCUUAACAAUAACUUAUUAAUUGUUUAUUGUAAUUUUAAUAUGAUGUUUUAGUAAAAAAAUACAAUUA